UUCGAUUUUUUGUAGGCAUUAUUUAAAAAGUCACGAAAUCGACUCUAUUUGGCGGGUUAAAACUUUCUUUCUUAAUACGAUAAAUUUUUGUGUGAAAACAUGAACAAAAUUCUGUGUGUUACCAAUGUGCUUGCGGGUCUUCUAGCGUUCAGUUUGCAGAUAGCGGCAUUAUCCAUUUAUUCAGUAUUGGAUUGGAAUUGGGAUCCGGAUAAAGCGGGUGCAGGCAUCUGGGGAGGAAUUUACCUAGUCAUCUUCGGUGUGCUCCUGAUCACGAAAAAGCUGAAAUCGAGUGCAGUCGUCAACGCAAUGGCAAUAGUCGCCACGUUGAUUGGUAUCACGUUAAUAGGACUCUAUUCGUGGAGCAUUGAUAUCUAUCAGGAAGAGAUAGCUAAUUGCGGUUUGUCACCUAUUCUCAAAAUUUGUGACAGAGCUGCCAUCGAUUCCUUAAUGAUCAUCAGCGGCAUUUUGGCUGUAAUCGUCAACGGUAUCAUUGCCACAAAAGCACCAUCUUUUGUUCCAUAAAAAAUACGCCCAUGCACGAUAUGUUUUUGUAACAUCGCCAGAGAAAGAAUUUCAUUUGAAUCAACCGAAUGUUUGCUAAACUGCUGUACCUAUCCACAACACAAAUAAAAAUAAAACAAAUAAAAUACA